AAAACAUAUGCCUUAGAUCAAGAAAUAAUCCCUAGUGUGGCAUGAAUCUUCAUCCUCAAUCUGCCAACUUCUUGCAUCAAUGGCGGCUGGCAAUGCACGAUUCAAGAGAGGGGAAUCUGUAAAAUGGAUCCUUGGAAGUGUUGAGACGGAUAAUAUGAAUGAUGUCCCCAUUCAAUCAGGUGCAUCCAGAGGGUUCAAUGGUCUAAGGUUUCUUGAUAGAUCAAUCACAGGGAAGGAAGCAGAUGCCUGGAAAACUAUUGAGAAACAUUUCCAUCAAAAUGCAGAAUCUGGGAGGCUUUACAGGGACAAAUUUGGGACAUGCAUUGGAAUGGGAGACAGCAAGGAAUUUGCAGGUGAAUUAUUCGAUGCGUUAGCAAGGCGGAGGAAGAUUGAAGUAGAGAAUGGGAUUACUAUCGACGAAAUGCGAGAAUUUUGGGAAGACAUGACGGACCAAGAUCUCGAUACACGCCUCCACAUUUUCUUUGACAUGUGUGACAAGAAUGGUGAUGGAAAGCUAUCUGAAGAAGAGGUCAAAGAGGUUCUAGUGAUGAGUGCUUCUGCCAACAAAUUGUCAACUUUUAAACAAAAUGCGGAGUCCUAUGCUACUUUGAUAAUGGAAGAGCUAGAUCCUGAUCAUAAUGGAUACUUAGAGAUGUGGAAACUUGAAACUCUACUAAGAGAAAUUGUGGGGUCAAAAGAUGGGAGAGAGAACUACGUGAAAACACAUACAUUGGCAAGAACCAUGAUCCCGAAACAAUAUAGUCAUCCGGUGAGCAAAUUCAUGUCCACAACAAGAGAAAAGAUACACGAAAAGUGGAAACAAAUAUGGGUACUCACAUUGUGGGUGUGCAUCAAUAUGACACUCUUCGUUUGGAAGUUCAACCAAUUCAAGCACCGAGCGGAGUUCCAAAUCAUGGGCUAUUGUGUUUGCAUUGCCAAAGGUGCUGGGGAGACACUUAAGUUCAACAUGGCUCUCAUUCUCCUCCCAGUGUGCAGAAGAACACUGACCUCCCUUAGAGAAUCGUUCAUCGGCGCAAUAAUCCCGUUUGAUGACAACAUCAUCUUCCACAAGAUCAUCGCCCUUGCAAUAGUGAUUGCAACUUUUGUUCAUGCAUCAAUGCAUAUUAGUUGCAAUUUCUUUAGAAUGGUGUCAUGCCCUCAGAGUAAAUUCAUGGCAAUUCUCGGAAAUCCUUUUGGAUAUCGGCAACCUACUUACCCUAACCUGGUUGCAUCAAUACCGAGUUUAACAGGCAUUAUUAUGACUAUUUUGAUGGCUUUUAUCUUCACAUUGGCGACACAUUCUUUCAGAAGGAAUGUCAUCAAGCUGCCCCCACCCCUCCAUCAUUUAGCUGGUUUCAAUUCUUUUUGGUAUACACACCAUCUGUUGAUAGUAGUCUACAUUCUCCUUAUCUUCCACGGCUACUUUAUAUUCCUCACACAAGAAUGGUAUAAAAAGACGACAUGGAUGUAUAUUAUAGUACCUGCGUUAGCAUAUGCGGCUGAAAGAAUUUUUGUCAUGUAUGAAAAUAAAUAUGAUGUGGACAUCAUAAAGGCAGUGAUAUAUACAGGAAAUGUAUUAGCACUAUACAUGAGUAAGCCUCCAGCAUUCAAGUAUAAAAGCGGAAUGUACAUUUUUGUAAAAUGUUAUGAUAUAUCAAGCUUUGAAUGGCAUCCAUUCUCAAUCACUUCUGCACCAGAUGACAACUACCUAAGCGUCCAUAUACGUACACUUGGAGAUUGGACUACGGAGCUUAAAAGCAAAUUUGCAAAGGCUUGUGAACCACAAUCUGCACAACCAAGAGAGGGAAAUCUCACAAGAAUGGAAACAAAAAGGAAUUCAGAUGUUGGGCAGUCACAAACAUUAUUUCCACAGAUUUCAAUAAAAGGGCCAUAUGGUGCACCGGCUCAGAGCUACAAGAAAUAUGACAUCCUUUUACUCAUUGGCCUAGGCAUUGGAGCAACCCCAUUCAUCAGCAUAAUCAAAGAUAUUUUACACAAUGAAUCUCUCAUGGAUGGACAUCAGCUCAAACUAUUUGUAGGAGCAGCAAAAUCUUGAGAUCCCACUGUCACACACACAGCCUAACAGGACGGGGCCUCAAAGAGCUUAUUUCUACUGGGUGACACGCGAACAAGGAUCAUUCGAAUGGUUCAAGGGGGUCAUGGAUGACAUAGCUGAGUAUGACCAAAAUCACGUGAUAGAAAUGCACAACUAUUUAACAAGUAUGUAUGAAGAAGGAGAUGCUCGUUCCGCACUUAUUACCAUGGUGCAGUCUUUACAACAUGCAAAAAAUGGAGUUGAUGUUGUCUCACAGAGCCGGAUAAGAACACAUUUUGCUAGACCAAACUGGAAAAAGGUGUUCUCUCGCAUGGUAGCUGCAUAUCCCUCUUCUAGAGUUGGUGUAUUCUAUUGCGGGAGUCCUACACUUACCAAAUCACUACAGAGGUUGUGCCAUGAAUUCAGCUUGAAUACAUCAACCCGCUUCAAUUUUCACAAAGAAAAUUUCUAGAUUUGCUUAGGUCAGAUUGUUGAACCAUUUAUAUAUAGUUUUCACUUGACUGAAGCGCUCUUUGUAAACCGAACGUGUCAUUGUCAUCGUUCAUCUCAAUCAGGGGAGGAUCUAUAUACAGGCUAUGGUAGGCUGAAGCCCAGGGCAACUUAGAAAUUUUUCAAUUUUUUUAGUGUAAAUUUUUUCAUUUUUCGCAUUUAGCCCACCCCUUUAAUAUUUAAGUCUAGUAUAAUUUCUAUUCAGCCCAGGGCAUCUAAGAUUCCUGGAUCCGCCCCUGAUCUCAAUUGGGCAGUAAUUCUAGAACACAUAUGGCUAACAUUCUUGAUUAAGUUAGC